AUGUUGUUCAAUCCUACUCUCAAUAUGCCGUCUGUUUUGAAGUUCGACACUGCCGAUGACUUGGCAUUUCCGACAGCUCUGGCUGAUAAGCUGGGAGAUAUAGAACCCUCCCAUCUUGAAACUGCUUCGCGUAUCUUAAAUGUUAUCUCUCGAUAUAAGCUUGCAGGUGAUGCGUUCUUAGCUAAGAGCCACGAUGGAGUCAACUUUCUGGCCCAGAUCUACUCUAAGGUUGUGGCCAGUCAGAUCAUCCUCAUGUGUCUCCCUGCUUUCCCCUUCAAGUCUCCAAACAGAAGCACCAAAGUACUUGGACGUCUCCCUGACAAGGCAGAAGAAUUUGCUCUCGCACAUCUUAACGGCCUAUGCGCUGCCAUAGGUGAUAUCUACGCACCAGGCGCAAGGCUAAUGAUUGUUUCGGAUGGGCUUGUUUACAACGACCUCCUAGGAGUACCAGAUAAGGACGUCUGGGCAUAUGGUGAAGCUCUUCGAGCAUUAAGGGCGAAAAAGGGGUUCCGCUAUAUUGAGUUCUGCCGUCUUAAAGACAUUGUAAACGUAGACGUGCCCAACGAGUUGGAUGAAAUAAGAUACGUCGCUAACGCCACCAACUUCCGUCACGCCCUACUACAGCAGUUCAGCAAGCCCGGAUAUAAUGUAUCUCUCAGAAUAUCAGAGGACGAGGACACCUGCUUAACGUAUAGGGGGUAUAUCAAAUUCCUAGAGACCGACCUUCAGAAUGUGUACCCGGUUGGUGAAGGACGGAAUACGGCUUUCACAACUCCUUGGCAUUGCAGCAUCGCAUUCAAGCUCGACGGUACUACCAUUACUGGCCACAGGGCCGAAUUCGAUGCUAACGAUUCUUUCGAGCUUGUUUACGAAGAUAACCGACCUAGCUACUUUCGAGAAAAGAGUGACUUGUUGUCAUGGGCUACCGAUAAAGGCGGUAUCACCUGCGAGCCGCUAUAUCCCGCCGGAGUCUUAAUCCGGCCGGCAGCAGGACGAGGCGCCCUAUCCAUAAGGGAUGUGGACGGCCCUAAGGUACGCGCCCUGGCACAGCGCAACUCUCCCGUCAUACUUCGUGGUUUUUCACAUACUAGAAGCCGAGAUCUUUUCGUAAAUAAAUCAGGGGAUCUUGGAAAGCCGACAGGAUGGAAGUUUGGUCUCGUCCUUGAAGUCAAGGAUCGUGGGGCGGAUACACGCGGCUUAAAUAAUGUUCUAUCGGCUGAAUGGAUGCCUUUCCAUUACGAUGGACUUUUCAAGACGGAGAAGAGAGUACGGGAUGAUGGGAGUGAGGUAUUGGUAUCUACGCCACCAGGGUUUCAGUUUUUCACUGCUGUAACAGAGUCGCCUAAGGACACAGGUUUUACGCUCUUCUCAUCGUCAACACUACUGUUCAAAUAUCUCCCUACACAUCUACCCCUAUCCUCGCUACGUCCUCUUACCUGGACCGUGUCGACAUCCUCCUUCAAUUCCACCGUCAUCCAUGGCCUACCCCUGGUAAUAGAUCAUCCAGUCACAGGCCGUCCCUGUCUACGCUACCACGAGCCGUGGCCCCAAUCCAAGACGCGAUUUGAAGCGACGAAUAUCACGAUUGAAAAUGCCUCCGACCAUGGCCUAGAUGCCGCGGACGUUAGCGCUGCGCUUGUUAGCUUGCUGCAUGAUCGCCGUGUUGCGUACUACCACUCGUGGGAUAAGGGCGACUUGCUCGUGAAUGAUAAUGUGCUCACGAUGCACACGCGGAGCGACUUCACGGCGGGAUGUGAUCGCGAACUAUGGAGGAUAAAUUUUGACUAG